AUGGGUGCUCGUCACGCCCUCAACUUCCUCGACAGCGUACCCCGAGCUGAGCUUGUCGCCGCUUUCUCCCCAGCCAAAGAACUCGAGUGGGCUAAGACGCACCUUGAGCCCUUCGGCGUCACGCUAUACGACGACUAUAAGAAGAUGCUAGAGCACAACGACCUCGAGGCUGUCUGCAUUGGCACAGUAACAUCGGUACAUGCCGAGGAGUCCAUUCAGGCAAUAGACAAGAACCUACACGUGUUAUGCGAGAAGCCACUUUCGACCAGCGUGAAGGUCAACCAAGAUGUCGUCGACCAUGCUGCGAAAAAGCCGCAUUUGAUGGUCAUGUCUGGCUUCUCGAGGAGAUUUGAUGCCAGUUAUCGCGACGUAGCAGAGAAGAUUGAAGCCGGCAAGAUCGGCCGCCCAACGAUUCUGCGCUCACAGACGUGCGACAAGCAUGACCCGUCAGGUGCGUUCAUCCAAACUCUAGCUUCUUCGUCGCCUACGCUGCAUGGUCUGGCGGAGUCUUCGUCGAUCGAUCUCACACUAUGGUACUUCGGCUCCUCUGUUGUACCCAAGAGCAUCUCCGCCUACGGUGUCGUUGCUGCCCAGCCCGGUCUCAAGAAAUAA